UAGUAGGAAGUAGCUAUUGUUACUCCUCCGGCUUCCCUUCACCGAUAUCGUCACCGGAUUUUGAGCACCGUGGAGGACUUGCAAUUGCAAACACUCACUUCCUAUUACUCGUUACCAUCGAAGCCCUAAAACCUCGAUUCUCAAUCCAUUUCACGCACAAUAUGGCUUCUGAUGCUGACAUGGAGGACUAUGGCUUUGAGUACUCGGAUGAGGAGCAAGAGGAGCAAGACGUUGAUAUUGAGAAUCAAUAUUAUAAUUCUAAAGGUAUGGUUGAAACUGAUCCAGAAGGUGCACUUGCUGGUUUUGCUCAGGUAGUGCAAAUGGAACAAGAUAAGGCGGAAUGGGGAUUUAAAGCUCUAAAACAGACUGUCAAGCUCUAUUAUCGACUGGGAAGGUAUAAAGAGAUGAUGGAAGCCUAUAGGGAGAUGUUGACAUAUAUUAAGUCAGCAGUGACUCGUAACUACAGUGAAAAAUGCAUAAACAGCAUUAUGGACUAUGUCUCAGGUUCAGCAAGCCAGAACUUUGGGCUUCUGCAGGAAUUCUACCAGACAACUCUGAAGGCCCUUGAAGAGGCAAAGAAUGAGAGAUUGUGGUUUAAGACAAAUCUGAAGCUUUGCAAGAUCUUUUUUGAUAUUGGUGAAUAUGGACGUAUGAAUAAGAUCUUGAAGGAACUUCACAAAUCUUGUCAAAGAGAAGAUGGCACAGAUGACCAUAAGAAAGGAACCCAACUUUUGGAGGUUUAUGCUAUAGAGAUUCAAAUGUACACCGAGACCAAAAACAACAAAAUGCUCAAGCAACUUUACCAGAAAGCACUCACUAUUAAGUCAGCAAUUCCCCAUCCAAGAAUAAUGGGAAUAAUCCAUGAAUGUGGGGGUAAAAUGCAUAUGGCAGAGCGCCAGUGGGCAGAAGCAGCUACUGACUUCUUUGAAGCUUUUAAGAAUUAUGAUGACGCUGGGAAUCAGAGACGUAUCCAAUGCUUGAAAUACCUUGUUCUUGCCAACAUGUUGAUGGAAUCUGAAGUAAAUCCAUUUGAUGGGCAGGAGGCUAAACCGGAAGUCCUCUCUGUAUUGAGUGAUUUAUACAAGAACGACCCUGAAAUUUUGGCAAUGACAAAUUUAAUAGCAGCUUAUCAACGGAAUGAGAUAUUGGAAUUUGAGAAAAUCCUGAAGAGUAAUAGAAGAACCAUUAUGGAUGAUCCAUUUAUCAGAAAUUACAUUGAGGAUCUGCUAAAGAAUAUUAGAACACACGUCUUACUGAAGCUCAUUAAACCAUAUACCAGGAUCAGAAUCCCUUUUAUAUCAAAGGAACUUAAUGUUCCUGAGCAUGAUGUUGAGCAGCUAUUGGUGUCGCUGAUUUUGGAUAACAGAAUUCAGGGGCAUAUUGAUCAAGUGAACCGGCUAUUAGAACGCUCUGAUAGUUCAAAAGGAAUGAAGAAGUACACUGCCGUUGACAAAUGGAACACACAGCUUAAAUCUCUUUAUCAAACUAUUAGCAACAGAGUUUGUUAAAACGUGUCCGUGAAAGUGUUAUCGGUCUUGUUUCCCCAGCUUGCAGUUUUGUCAUAUGAAUUAUUGUAAGCUACGAUUGGGACAGAGGAGUGUAUUAUCCGAAUAGUGUAAUUCAUGUCAAAAACAACUAUUGAUUCAUGUUUUAUAGUACAUACAUGAUUGUUUGACAUUAAUAUUUCAAUUUUUUGUGCCGAUAUGUCUGCACAUUACUUAAA